UACUCUCGUCUCUCCCCCUCUCCCCGGUAAUGAGUGAAGCCCCUUCACAAAAAUAAGCGACGCAACACAGCACAACACAAACCAGAAACCCUUUUCAUGGCUUCUUUGCAACUCUAUUUCAACAAUCCAAACUACACACUACAAUUUCCAACUCAAGGAGGGCUCUCUCCAAGAACAAGCCUCAACAGACCUAAAAAUCUCAAUUUCUCAUACAAACCCACAUCACAAAAACUCACUUCAAGACCCACAAAAAUCUCUUCAUCAUCUACCUCCAGUUUAACUCCAAAAAACACAGAAGAAAGCCAAGAAUCCAUGGAAGAAGAUCCAAGGCCACUUCAUCAAAUUUGGAGGGAAAUCCAUGGACUUUACAACUGGGAUGGCCUUUUAAACCCCAUGAACUCUCAUCUCCGCCGUGAAAUCAUCCGAUACGGCGAGUUCGCUCAAGCCUGUUACGACUCCUUCGACUUCGAUCCUCACUCCAAGUACUGCGGAACUUGCAAAUACCUCGGACCCCAUUUCUUUGAAAAGCUCGACAUGGCUAAUCGAGGUUACCACAUGAGCCGAUACUUAUACGCAACCUCAAACAUCAAUCUUCCGAAUUUCUUCCAGAAAUCGAAGAUGAGCAGCGUUUGGAGUCAGCACGCCAAUUGGAUGGGUUACAUCGCUGUCGCCACUGACGAUGCCGAGGUCCGCCGCCUCGGCCGCCGCGACAUCGUGGUGGCGUGGCGUGGCACUGUCACCGUCCUCGAAUGGAUCCAGGACUUGAAAGAUUUUUUACGCCCAGCUCAUUUUCACGACGACCCUUCGAUCAAAAUCGAAUCCGGGUUCUACGAUCUCUAUACCCAGAAAGAGAAUUCAUGUAAGUACUGCGUUUUCUCGGCUCGCGAACAAGUUUUAGCAGAAAUCAAACGACUCACAGAGACCUACAGAGGUGAAGAACUCAGCAUCACAGUCACGGGUCAUAGUCUCGGUGCAGCUUUAGCCAUUUUAAGCGCUUACGACAUUUCUGAGAUGAAAUUAAACGCUAUCAGCAACGGUGAUUCCAUAACUAAGAUUCCGAUAACUGUUUUUUCAUUUUCAGGGCCUCGGGUCGGUAAUUUGAAGUUCAAAGAGCGAUGCGAUGAGCUCGGAGUUAAGGUCCUGAGGGUGGUCAAUGUGCAUGACAAGGUUCCAACAAUUCCUGGAAUUUUUGCUAAUGAAAAAUUUCAGUACCAGAAGUAUGUGGAGGAAACGAUGUCGUUUCCUUGGAGUUAUGCUCAUGUUGGGGUGGAACUCGCAUUGGACCAUACCCAUUCACCAUUUUUAAUGCCCACUAAUGAUUUGGGCUGUGCACAUAACCUUGAGGCCCAUUUACACCUCGUCGAUGGGUACCACGGCAAUGGCCGGAAGUUUCGGUUGGCGACAAAGAGGGAUGUGGCACUUGUUAACAAGAGUUGUAAUUUCUUGAAACGUGAGUAUGGGGUGCCACCAUAUUGGCGGCAGGACGAGAACAAGGGGAUGGUGAGGAGUAGCGAUGGCCGGUGGGUUUUGCCGGAUAGGCCAAGGAUGGAGGCCCACCAUCCUGAUACGGCCCACCACCUUGAACAAGUGCUCAAGUUUGCAAAGUCUUCAUUGGAAGCAUUUUAAUUUUGAUUGUAUCUACCGAUAUGCGUCUUGUGCUUAUCAAACUGUCAACUUUUUAAAAUGUUUUAUAUGUUUUUUUUAUUUCAAUAAUAACUAAUCCUCAGAUCUUAAAAUCCCAAAGUUUAGAAUGUUUGGUUUUUGUGAGAUUCGAACCUACAACCUUUUAAAUAUUGUUAGGUUUUUAUUCUUGACAAUCCCGUUUGACAAAACUCAUUUCAAUUGUAAUUGUAUUCAAUCUUUUAUUUGAGUGAGGCUAUAAGUUUUUUAAAUA